CACCCAAAUUCCUGUUUAUUCAAUCCCCCAAUUUCACCACCACCUGAACUUGCGAAACUCGACCCAUAUACGCAAGCAGACUGACCUGAUUUAUCGAAUGAAAAUGACCUUCGCUUCUUUCAGCACUGGCAUUCCCUUGUGCCCGUACAAGCUAUGGUGUCAGCCUAAUACUGGAAGACGGCGGUUCAUUGCUUGCUCUGUCCAUGCUCCGCCCAUUAAAGAUAAAUACUUUGCCAAGCAUCCGCGUAAAAGGCGUGUAACUGGUGAAGGGUCUGGAAGAAGUAUGGAUGACUCCGUUCAACGUAAGAUGGAUCAAUUUUAUGAAGGGUCCCAAGGCCCUCCUUUACGAAUCCUUCCCAUUGGGGGUUUAGGAGAAAUUGGGAUGAAUUGCAUGUUAGUUGGAUAUUAUGAUCGAUAUAUACUGAUCGAUGCUGGUGUAAUGUUCCCUGGAUAUGAUGAGCUUGGUGUCCAGAAAAUUAUUCCUGAUACCACUUUCAUUAAAAAAUGGAGCCACAAAAUUGAAGCAGUUGUCAUAACUCAUGGACACGAAGAUCACAUUGGUGCAUUGCCUUGGGUCAUUCCAAGCCUUGAUUCCCAGACACCAAUAUUUGCGUCUUCGUUCACACUGGAGCUGAUCAAGAAACGCCUAAAGGAGUACAAUGUCUUUGUUCCUUCAAGGUUUAGAGUAUUUAGAACUAGAAGAAAAUUUACUGCAGGACCGUUUGAGGUAGAAUGUAUAAGGGUUACCCAUUCUAUCCCUGAUUGUUGUGGAUUAGUUCUACGCUGCGAUGCUGGUACAAUUCUCCAUACAGGCGACUGGAAGAUAGAUGAAUCACCAUUAGAUGGAAAGGUUUUCGAUCGUGAUGCUCUUGAGGAACUCUCAAAAGAAGGAGUUACGUUGAUGAUGAGCGAUUCAACAAAUGUCCUUUCCCCCGGCAGGACACUUAGUGAGACUGUUGUAGCAGACUCUAUAUUAAGGCACAUAUCUGCUGCUCGUGGAAGGGUAAUCACUACACAAUUUGCAUCUAAUAUCCACCGUCUUGGAAGUAUUAAGGCUGCAGCUGAUUUGACUGGGAGAAAGAUGGUUUUUGUUGGCAUGGCCCUGAGGACAUAUCUUGAUGCUGCAUGGAAGGAUGGGAAAGCUCUAAUGGAUCCAUCAACUUUGGUGAAAGCUGAAGAUAUCGAUGCUUAUGCCCCGAAAGAUUUGGUGAUUGUCACAACAGGCUCUCAAGCUGAGCCACGAGCAGCACUGAAUCUUGCAUCUUAUGGUAAUAGCCAUUCACUCAAGUUGAACAAGGAGGAUUUGAUUCUUUACUCUGCAAAGGUGAUCCCUGGCAAUGAGACUCGGGUAAUGAAAAUGCUAAACCGUAUUUCUGAGAUAGGGUCAACAGUAAUCAUGGGCAAGAAUGAACAGCUGCAUACAUCUGGCCAUGCUCACCGUGAAGAGUUGGAAGAAGUGCUGAAAAUUGUGAAGCCACAACAUUUUCUUCCGAUUCAUGGAGAAUUUUUGUUCCUGAAGGAGCACGAACUGCUUGGGAGGUCAACUGGAAUCAGGCACAGCACUGUUAUCAAGAACGGAGAGAUGCUCGGAAUUUCCCAUUUGAGGAAUAAAAGAGUUUUAUCCAAUGGUUUUAUUUCCCUGCGUAAAGAGAAUCUGCAGUUAAUGUAUAGCGAUGGUGACAAAGCAUUUGGUACAGCUGCUGAACUUUGUGUUGAUGAGAGAAUGAGAAUUGCUUCAGAUGGUAUAAUAGUUGUCAGUAUGGAGAUCAUGCGUCCCCAAGCCAAUGAUUCUCUGUCUGAGAGAUCCAUUAAAGGAAAAAUAAAAAUCACCACACGCUGUCUAUGGCAUGAUAAAGGAAAACUUUUGGAUGCACUCCAAAAAGCAGCACAUGCUGCACUCUCUAGCUGUCCUGUAAAUUGUCCUCUCCACCAUAUCGAAAAAACUGUGUCUGAAGUUUUAAGGAAACUAGUGAGAAAAUACAGCGGUAAAAGGCCUGAAGUUAUUGCAGUUGCACUAGAAAAUCCUGUCAGUGUCAUAGCAGAUGAAAUCAGUAAUAAGCUAUCAGGAAAAUCCUAUGCUGGUUUUGGAGUUUCAGCAUUAGGAAAAGCCAUAAAUGGAAAUUACAGAAAGAGGGGGCCAUCAAAUACAAUACUUGCAGAAGAGGACAAUGGCCCUGAGGAUUCCAUGAGCAUUGCAUAUGAGGAAGAAAAAGGUGCGGCCGAUAUUGAUAUUCAAGGGGAUAAUACAUCUGGUGAAGAAACCACAAGUUUUAACACAUUGCAAGAUUUAUCUAUGGAUGAUGCCGUGUCAGAUGACUUACAGAAACCUUCUGCCAUAUCAUCGCCCAUUCAUGGCAACCUUCUCCGAGAACAAGUACACGAUAGCAAAAAUGAAGAACUUCCUUCUGACUUGUCAAAACCAAAACCGGAAUCUUUGAAACCCUUGAAAAGAAACAAGUGGAAACCUGAAGAGGUUAAGAAGCUGAUUAAAAUGCGUGGCGAACUGAACAACAAAUUCCAAGUCCAAAAGGGGCGAAUGGCUCUUUGGCAGGAGAUAUCUUCCCGCCUGGAAUCUGAUGGAAUCGCUCGAAGCCCUGGACAGUGCAAAUCUCUGUGGGCUUCUCUUGUUCAAAAAUACGAGGGAACCAAGAAUGAUACCAAGAGCCGGGAAAAAUGGUCGUUUUUUAAGGAUGUGGAUGACAUCUUGUCCGACUCACGAGAACGGGCAUCAAGAUGAUGGGAGAAUGUAAAAACGUUUGGACUUUUGGUUGAUGAUUCUAUCUACAAGGGACACUUGCCUGUUUGGCUGCCUGCCAUGAUUUGCCUGCCAUGUCUAUAGCAAGCUUACCAUCAUUUUACUCGGCCUGGCUGGCUCUCAAUAUCAAGCUGUGUUCAUGGGCGUCAUGUGGUGGAUUCCACUCCAUAAGAGAGAGAGAGAGAAAGAGAGAGAGAGAGAGAGAGAGAGAGAGAGAGAGGUUUGUGUAUGUUAUAAACCAAGUUUGCCGCCAAUUGAGGAGUGGCCUGGCUAUUUUUAUUACACCAGUGUAGGGUAUUACUCUUUGUUUUUUUUAGUUUGGAUUGGACUAUCAAUUACUCGUAUUUGAAUGACCCCUUUUUUGUUUAUUCGUUGAUAUUCCUUCUCUCCCAAGAGAAUGUAUUCUUCUUUUUUUGAUUUUUUUGAGUCAAUUGAAUGAAUUUUAAUCAACAUU